CAGCGGCUACGGGGUCCGUGUUUCCCAUGGACACCGAGACUUGUGAAAGUUCGCGGCCGAAAGCGACGCGCACCCGUCCACCCCACACGACACCCAAAAACGAAACGAAAAGCCACGCUCGCUCGCCACCGCUGCCUCCUCCGCCCUGCCCCCAACGCCGUCGCCACACACGAUCUGAGUGGCGUCUCCGCCGUGUAUCAGCUCAGCUCAACAGAGGCAGAGCGAUGCCAUCAGAAUUCUCGGGGUACUUGGUUUCCCUUUCUCCACUGCUAUCCCACUGCUGAUCUGGGCUCCAUCCGGAAGUGCCCACGCCUGUUGGUCUCUAGUACUUGGAGCCUUCUCGGUUGCACCAAAUUUGGCCUUUUUAGGUGGGAGCUCCGAUCUUUUCAGCUAAAGAUUUGAUUUUCUGGAUUCUUGGUUGGGUUUGUGCUGAUAGGAGAGCCAAAGAUUGCAUCUUGGGCUGGGGACAAUUACCACUGAGCCGUCCUCCCCUAUGAUCAGAUGAGUUGUGGGUGUCUCCUCUCAAUCCGAGAUUGCAGGAGAUGGUUGCAAUUGUAGUUUCUUCCCAAUCUUUCGCACCCGUAUCCCCUUACCCGUCUUCUUCGCCCAGCCUGCACGGCGUCAUCAGGGACUCACUGCCUGACAACACCCAAUCCCCACCGCAGGUGCAGACAGCUAGUGGCAGCGGUGGUGGUGGCGGCAAUGGGAGAAUUAGCCCUGCGGUGUUGUUCAUCAUAGUGAUUCUUGCGGUAGUCUUCUUCAUCUGCGGGCUGCUCCACCUCCUUGUGAGGCUACUCAUGAAGAAGCACCACCACCGCGGAGCCGGCAGGGGGGAGUCUGCUGCGUCGCUGCACCGGCCAGGCGAAGGGGACGCUGCGAUGGACCGGCAGCUGCAGCAGCUGUUCCAUUUGCACGACUCUGGGCUCGACCAGGAGUUCAUUGAUGCGCUGCCUGUGUUCGCGUACCGUGAAAUUAUUGGUGGCAACAAGGAGCCGUUUGACUGCGCGGUGUGCUUGUGUGAGUUUGAUGGGGAGGACAGGCUCAGGUUGUUGCCGAUGUGCGGGCACGCCUUCCAUCUGCAGUGCAUAGAUACAUGGCUACUGUCCAAUUCGACAUGCCCGCUUUGCCGUGGUACGCUCUUUGUUCCCGGGAUGACGAUAGAGAGCCUCAUGUUUGAUUUUGAUGAGAGGUUGGAGGAGGAGCCGCUGUCGGAGGAGUGUGAGGAUGGAUUUCAAGUUUCCAGGCAAAAGUCCAUUGAUGAGGAGCAGCCAGUGACCGAGAAGAGGGUAUUUCCAGUAAGGCUUGGGAAGUUCAAGAAUGUUGGAAAUCAGGGUGCCAUCGGUGUUGUUGGUAAUGGCAAUGCAGCUGGUAUAAUGAGUAGGGAGGCAGGGGAGAGUAGCAGUAGCAGCUUGGAUGCAAGGAGAUGCUUCUCCAUGGGCACUUACCAGUAUGUUCUUGGGGCUUCUGAACUUCGAGUCGCUCUCCAGCCAGGUCGUGGCAGAAAUGGUGUGAGCAGCAGAUUUAGAGAAAGAGCUACUGGUUUAAGCUCUGCCAAUGUUGAAGUUAUGGAGGGCAAGAGGAUUUGUGCAAGGAACAAAGGCGAGAGCUUCUCCGUGUCGAAGAUCUGGCAGUGGUCUAGUGUGAAGGGCAAGCUGCCAGCUGGUUCCGACAAUUGCUCAGAUACUGGGAGCCUACCAUGGAUGAAAAGAAAUGCCACCGGAGAUAAGUCAGAUAUGUGACUCUGUCUAUAAUUUUUUGGUUCUUUUUUUCCCUACUGUUGGCUGUUGAAUUGCUUAGCUAUAGUUAUUUGAUCUGAUUUAGUGUGUCCCAGCUCUCAUCAAAAUGAUCAUUCUCAUCGAGGGAUAAAUUUUGACAUGCUUACUGUAUUG